GGGCCUCCCUGAACGAGGGUCACGUGGUGCCGGGCUGAGCCUGAGGCGUGUGAGUCGCGAUACGGCCCUAAAACUGGCACAGGGGAAGGAACGUGGGGCUCCUGGUCCCCUUGGCUGAGCCGAUGGGGACGUUUUGCUGGUAGUGGAGCUCUAAUUUGAAGGUUAUGUUGUAUUUCAGCCUGUCAGAGAUCACCGAGCUCAGGCCUUUCUGUUUGGGAGGGAGUUUAAGCUGGAAAUCUGAGCAUCAGCAAUUACAGCGUGGCAUGUCAUCCUGAGGGAAAAAACAUGGAGAAAGCUCACCAGGCAUUCUGGUUCUGUCUGAAUUACCCACGUGAUCGCAGAAUUCCCAUGAAAAGGAGCUGAAUGUAGAUCUUUCUGCGUCGGGAUUUUUCUGAAGUCAGGGCAGCGCUCUGCACGUCUGGGAAAGUCCUUUGAACGUUGUUUGGGAGUUUCUGAAAAGGGGAUGAUGGUGCCUCCAGAUCAAGCAUCUCCUACCCAGCUUUUCAAGACGUCAGUCACAUGGUGAUUUUUGGAUUUGGCUUUUUCCUGACAUUUCUGAAAAGAUACGGGUUUAGCAGCACUGGAUUCAACCUCCUGAUCAUCGUACUUGGUGUCCAGUGCUCUGUGCUGACAGAAGGUUUAUUACUUUUCCUUCUUCAAAGGCAAGAUGAAGGUGGUCUGAAAAGAAUAACAAAGGCUACUGUGAGUACGACUGCUGUGGUCAUCUCCACUGGAGCUGUUCUUGGGAAGACUAAUCCUGUGCAAUUAAUUCUGAUGACAGUUGUGGAGAUAAUAGUUUUCUGUAUGAACAGAUGGAUCAACAAGACAUUCCUGCAGGUUCCAGACAAUAUCAGCAUGAUGCAUGUUCACCUGUUUGGAGCCUACUUUGGUCUGGCGGUCUCCUCACGUUUUUCUGAGCCUUCACCAAGGUCUGAGAAGAAUGCGAGUACCCCGAAGUCAGAUUUAUUGUCAAUGUUGGGUACUCUCUUUCUCUGGGUAUUCUGGCCAAGCUUCAAUUCUGUACUAGCUGUGAACAAGAGCAAAGCAAUCUACAACACCUACUUUGCCCUCGCAGUGAGUGCUGUAACUGCCUUCGUGUUGUCUGUUCUGACCACAAAGGAUGGAAAAUUCAGAAUGACUCAUAUCCACAGUGCAGUACUAGCUGGUGGGGUCACUGUUGGUUAUGCAGAACACAGUAUUGAGUAUCCUUGGAUUGCAAUGAUUUUGGGUCUGCUUGCCAGUGUGAUAACCAUAUUAGGAUCUUGCUGUUUACAGAGAUGCUUGUAUCCUGCUCUCAAGAUUCAUGAUUCUUCUGGAGUUCAUUUCACUUUUGGCUUGCCUGGUGUGCUUGGAGCUCUUGCCCAGGUCGUUCUCAUACUAAUAAAAAACUGGACUAAUUUACCAAGACUGGGUUAUUUGUUCAUGAUUCAAGUCGGCGCCUUCUGCCUGACCAUCAGUGUUGCCUUGAUAACAGGUUUCAUUACAGGUUUAAUCUUAAACCUCAAACUGUUUAAGACCAUCCCUGUAUCAAAGUACUUUGAAGACCAGUUUUAUUGGGAGUUUCCCCGUUUGGCUGUUGGAUUUUGAACGGAGGAACCCAGAUGACAGAUUUGACGAGGAUAAGCUUUUCCUAUUUGUCACCAGAGAAACCCAAUAGCUAUGAUGGGUUGAAAGAGCACUUAAGCGUCAAUUCUCACGCUCAAAAAAGCCAUCCCAAGGGACACACAAAGCAUUAGUAAAAAACUGUUCUAGUUAUUCUUGAAAGAUACAGGGUGUGAAUUUACAGAUGCAAACGUAUAAUGCAUUUCGCUUUUCUGCUUUGUUGGUCUUACCUUAAGUAUGUUUUUGUAGGAUACGUACAAAAAAGUUGGCUACGUUCAUUGCUGUAAUGGCUUAUCAAUCAAAACGCUUGGAAACUUUAAACUCUCUUUAGCUCCCAAGUUUAAAAGCCAAAAUAUAUGUUUUAAAGUAUAAUUUUUCAAGGAGUACGUACUUAUUCUUAUCUAGCAAAGCAUUAAAGUACUUGUUUUUAAGCUAAACUAACUCUGUUGAAGGCCUUGUUAAGCAAGGAUUUGAUGAGUGAGCUGGAUCAGGGCCGGAACUCCGCGUCUUGCCAGACUGAACUCUUUGAGUUAUCUGACUGCUUAAAGAAAAAUCUGUUAUCACUUGGCUCGGGCUCGCUAUUUGGAAGUUCGAAUGGCAAGAAGUUCACUUGUUCUGCUUGUGGAUGGUGCCCUGGAAUCAAUGGUGUUACUCAAGAUUCGGCAGCAAACCUCGGAAGGGCCUGCCUGCACAGUGACAGUCCGCACCACCACGAGGUCAGCUGCCCAAAAGGCUCUGGCUGCCCCUCAGGGCGCGGACAACUGGCGAGACCGGGGAACAGUCCUCGGCGCCAACGCCAGGACCCAGUUUCUGAAGUGUCUGACGUCGAGCUGUUUUAGCCCGAGACGAGCAGGGGGCUUUGGUGCAUGAGCUGGGCCUGAUCGGGCAGAGGAUUCUGUGCAAACGAACCCUUGUUUUUAAAUGGAUCGCGAUCCUUGGUGUGUCUUCGUUUUGAAAUAGUUGACAUAGAAAAACUCUUUCAAAAAUGCUUACCUAAUAAAAAAGUCACAAUUUGC